AUGAGUGUGCCUCCGGAUCCCGCUGCUCAUUGGGCAGUUCUCAAAUAUCUCUCAGCUGAGUACUACGACAUGAAUGGCAAUCACUUCGUCACCUUGGAUAGCCCUCCGACGCCUGUCGAAUUUGCACGUCUUGUUCAAAUCUCACGCCCAGUUCUGAUUAACAGUUACACAGUCCAGGGAACAGAGCGCUGGACGAACGAUUAUCUAUCCCGGGCAAUGGGUGAUCGCUUGGUCUCCGUCGCGGUCACGCCGGACGGGUACGCGGACGCAAUCACGCGCGGGUCAGACGGCCGGGAGUACUUCGUCGAGCCGCAUGUAGAGCCCAUGACCAUCCGGUCGCUUCUUACACAAUUGAACGAGGACACGGAUCCUGACGCGCAAAGCGAGGCGCUAUACUUACAGUCCCAGAAUGGCAAUCUCUAUCUAGACGCGUACUCCAACCAGUCUGCAGAGGGCUUGCCAGAGCUUGCGCCGCUACGUCCAGAUGUCCCCUAUGAGGUCCCCUGGUGCUCGGAGGCACUGGGCAGGCAGCCGGACGCUGUAAACCUCUGGAUCGGUGGCUACAGAAGCGUGACAAGCAUCCAUUGUGAUCCAUAUGAAAAUGUCUACCACGUUGUGCGUGGUUGCAAGGUGUUCACACUUCUGCCGCCUACCGAGGCGUGGUGUUUGCGCGAACGCGUGUAUCCACACGCCAAGUACACGCGAGGUCGUGAAGGCGAGCCCUUGGCAUUGACACCCACGACGCCAGAGAAUGGAGACAAUGCCACAGCCACCGUUCGCUGGUCGUCGAUCCGGUAUCCAGACGAGGAAGGCGCGCUUCCACCAGACGCACAUCCGAUGACCAUCACCGUACAGGCAGGGCAGACGCUCUAUCUACCUGCCGGCUGGUGGCAUCAUGUCAGGCAGGGAUGA